AUGUUGUGGCAGAUUGCACUGAUAGUGUGUGGGCUCGGGACGCUAUCCGAUAUCGGCCCAGUGCACAGUGAGACAAUCCACUUCACCAACUCACCUCACUCGAUACUGUCGUCCAAGAACUUUACUACGUACGAGAUCGAGGUGCCGGGCGCGAAACCGAUCACCAUCAUCGAAGCAACCGAUCCGUACCGUGACGUCAGUAAUGGAGAGCUGGAUUCACGGGAAGAUGAUCAGCAGCAACAGGAGCACCCGUACCACCAGCGCAUUCCAUCCCCAACCACAAGCUUCCGUACCAGUACGGGCAUCCGGGUGACGAAACCGAUCGGCGAAAGCUCCCUCCUAGAGUCACCGCCCAGUGGAUCGAGCCGCAAAACGCUCUACUCACCGGAGCUACUGAACAAAUUCCUGAAGGAGUACUCGGAGAAGCUCCGCAAUGCGGACUCCCUGACGAGGAAGCGACUGAACGAGAUCACGAUGAUCACGAACCACCAGCAGCACGGCAGCAAACCGGAAGAACUGGAGGAAAACUCGAACCGGCGCCCGAUCGUGAGGGGUGAGGACCGAAUUGGCACUACGGAACCGGGCUCGGAGGAGGAUGAAGCGAAAACGGAGGACGAGCUCAUAUUCGACGAAACGAACGAGCGGAAUGUUAUGGCACUGGGGAGUAACAACAAGCGGUGGUACCAGGAGCCACCGUCUCACUACUCUUCGCACCAUCAGCAGCAGCACCAGAAUCAUCAUCCCUGGAACGUGAAGGAUGGUUGGGUAACGCUCGAGGCUGUUCCGUGGUCCGAAAGUAAGGUUUCGAAGUGGCAAGCAGCGAAUGGUGGCGAUGGAACGAAGAAACAUCGUCCAUCUGGCACGGAUAAGUACUGGAAUGCUGCAGGUGAUGGAGGUAUCGAUAGUGAGGAAAAUGGUGGAAGUAAAUACAAACCGAUUGCCGCCAUCUAUCCAACGGGAUCGAGCUCGAUCGGUGCAUCUAGCUACUACCAGGGAGAGCAGGGUGCUGGCGACUCCGCCGAGGAUUAUGGUGGUUACGGAACGAUCAAGAAUCGACCAAAGGCCAAUGGAGUGAAGCAGCCGCAGACGCAGCCGCAGACGCAACCAGACUCACUGUACAACCGGAGAAGACCAGUCGUCACACUGUACAGCGAGCGUCCUGAUGGUCCUCAGGUGGACCGUUGGUAUGAAGGACCUCAGGCAACGGUUGCAACCGCUCCGUCCGCUGAUCCGUACGACACAAUGAAGGCAUAUCAUCAUCAAAAUCAUGGAGCAUCAUCAGGUACGGCCCACCGCGACAUCAUAACCGAUGGACGGCCACCAAAUUUCCCGAAAUUUAAUCCCGAGCAACACGCGGGCGACGUUUACGGCAGUAGCGUCACCGCCUCUGAUCAACGAGUUCGUCCCGUUUCCUACCCGGACCGUGGCAAUGGCGAGUGGGUCCUAAUCUCCACGACGAAAGGAUACCAAUAUCCAAAGCGACGCCAUGGCCAGCGUGCCAUUACGUUCUCACCGGCGACCUCCACGAGUCACCAAACCGUCAAGCUCACCGUACUGCCCAUGAAAAACGCCCUCGAUAUGACCACGUCGCACAACGGACUGAUUGAAGUGUCCUCUUCAACGCAAACGGUUGAGGAUGCGGUCAAGGAGCAACAGCAGCAGCACAACAAGCGGAAAGGACCGACACCGUCUACAAUGUCGCCCGCGGAAGGUAUCAGCAAUGCGUUACCAACGCGACGGAAGCAGAAGAAGAAGCAAUCCUUGGCGGCUGCAGCGGCCGGUGGUGGUUCCUUCUCGGUGAUGCAUCGACGUGAUGCGGCCCAGGACAGUUCGGCAGUGCUGGCAGCGGUUGGUGCCGGUAUGGUACCGGCCACGAUGGCCAUUCUUGCACCGAUGGUACUUGGCAAGAAGAAGUAGUGGUUGUGACGAGCGCGCCAGCUGCUCAU